AUGGCCAAAAAAUGUGAUGGAACUUCUAUAGGAAUUGACCUUGGCACGACCUACUCAUGUGUUGCAGUAUGGCAAGCGCAAAACAAUCGAGCUGAGAUAAUCCAUAAUGAACAAGGCAAUAGAGUCACGCCUUCUUACGUUGCUUUCACUAACCACCAAAGGUUGAUUGGCGAUGCCGCAAGAAACCAGGCUGCUUCUAAUCCAUCCAACACUGUCUUUGACGCAAAGAGGUUGAUUGGAAGGAAAUAUAGUGAUUCUAUUGUACAAGAUGAUAUAAAGCUGUGGCCAUUUAAGGUCAUUGCUGGAUCGGAUGACAGACCCAUGAUUGUGGUUAUGUACAAGGGUGAGGAAAAACAUUUUGCUGCUGAGGAAAUUUCAUCUAUGAUCCUUACAAAGAUGCGGGAGAUUGCAGAGUCAUUCUUGGCAUCACCGGUAAAGAAUGCAGUUAUUACUGUGCCUGCUUAUUUCAAUGACUCUCAACGUCAAGCUACGAAAGAUGCUGGUGUCAUUGCUGGCCUCAACUUUGUGCGGAUAAUCAAUGAACCCACUGCUGCAGCUGUUGCUUAUGGUCUUCAAAAUAGAGCUAAUUUUGUUGGAAAGAGGAAUGUUUUUAUCUUUGAUCUCGGUGGUGGCACUUUUGAUGUAUCUCUUCUCACAAUUAAGGGUGAUAACUUUGAAGUUAAGGCUACUGCUGGAGACACUCACCUCGGGGGAGAGGACUUCGAUAGCAGAAUGUUGAACCACUUCGUACAGGAGUUUAGGAAGAAGAAAAGAGUGGACAUUAGUGGGAACCCAAGAGCACUGAGGAGGUUGAGAAGUGCGUGUGAGAGGGCAAAAAGGAUACUUUCAUUCGAAAUAGAGACCACAAUUGAGGUGGAUGCAAUAUGUCAGGGUAUUGACUUCUGUUAUUCAGUCACUCGUGCCCAGUUUGAGCUACUCAACAUUGACCUCUUUAGAAAGUGCAUGGAUACUGUUGAAAGGUGUCUGACUGAUGCUAGUACGGACAAGAGUGAUGUACAUGAUGUUGUACUUGUUGGUGGCUCUUCUAGGAUUCCCAAAGUGAAGGAGCUAUUGCAGGACUUCUUCAAGGGGAAGGAUCUCUGCAAGACUAUCAACCCUGAUGAGGCUGUUGCUUAUGGAGCAGCUGUUCAGGCUGCUUUGUUGAGUCAAGGCAAUAGGUUUGCUCCAAACUUAGUGCUGUCGGAUGUUACACCACUGUCACUUGGUAUAUCCACAAAAGGAGAUCUCAUCAGUGUAGUGAUUCCUAAGAACACUACUAUUCCUGUCAAGAAGGAAAGUCCAUAUAGUUCACCUGAAGAUUACUUAUCAUUGGUCUCAAUUAAGGUCUAUGAGGGUGAGAGAACAAGAGCUAGUGAUAACAACUUGUUGGGCUCAUUCAAUCUUUCAGUUCCCUCUGCACCCCGAGGCCUUCCUAUCAAUGUAUGCUUUGAUAUAGAUGCUGAUGGUAUACUAAAUGUAUCUGCUAAGGAAGAAACUGGUGGCAACAAGAAGGACGUUACUAUAGCCAAUGAAAUUGGAAAACUGUCAGCGGUAGAAAUUGAGAGAAUGUUGCUGGAAGCUGAGAUUUACAAGGCUGAAGAUAUGAACCACAAAAAGAAGGUUGAAGCAAUGAAUGCUUUGGAUCGAUAUGCGUACAUGAUGGAGAAUGAAUUGAAGGAUACAAUUAUUAGUGCUAAGAUUUUACCUCAAGUCGAGCAGGAAGUUAAGGCUGCAAUUAGAGUAGCCAGAAAUUUGCUUGACGAUAAACAGCAAGAAGAAACAAAUGUGUUUGAGAACUGUCUGAACAUGCUUAAGAGCAUUUUCAAAACAGUUACAGCCGAGCUGAACUCUGAUAAGGAAAAUGUCGAGGAUGAUUAUUAA